AGCUCGACCAGCAAUGGCUAUGCUGAAGGUUUUGCUGCUGCUGGUGCUGCUGCUGGGUGUUUCAGUGAACUCAGAAGUUUCUCUGCAGAAGAGAAUCAUUGGAGGUCAUGACUGUGAUGACCAGCAGCGUCUUUAUCAUGUCCGGCUGGUGGGCAGCAAGGGUCAAUUAAGGACCCGCUGUGGAGGAUCUCUCAUCCACCCUGAGUGGAUCCUGACUGCAGCUCACUGCUGGAAGUCAGAGACAGGAUGGACUAAUGUAGCAAUAUUUAAAGUUCAUCCAUGGAGUGCUAAACAGCAGCAUCAGGUGAACCAACACGAUCCUGUGAUUUAUACUCACGGUGACCUGAAGCACGACAUCAUGUUGCUGAAGCUUCAGAGACCAGUAAGAAAUGUCCCAAUUGCUCAGCUACCAAAUUGCAACAAUCCUCUUAAAAUAGGUGAUGAUGUUCAGCUGGCAGGAGAGGGAUCAACGACAACUGGCCCCAAUAAUCAGCGAUUACCUGAAAUUCCUUCUGCUCCACAACAUCUUCAGUGUAUCGACAUGAAAGUUGUUCAGGUUUCACAAUUCAAGCCGACAUGUGGGCGUGUAUUUUAUACUGCAGCACCAAACAGAGAUACAUGUUAUGGCGACUCUGGUGGAGGAGUGAUGUUCAACAACAUGAUUUAUGGUGUGACUGUUGAAAUGGGACCAAAUGUAUGUCAGAAACCAGUUACAAACAUGGAUGUGUGUGAAUACAUGGAUUGGAUAAAGAAAACAACUGGGCUUAAGUAAAGCAAAUUUAUAUGAAAUAAAAUUCUCAUCAAAUUUCCAUUUAGAUGUAAUUUUGUAGUUGUCUCUUCAUCAAUUUGUUAGACAUGUUUGUAGAAUUAGGAUAAAUUAAUAGUUUUGUUUUUUCUCACCAAUCUUGAUCUCCAUAACAGAGCUUUUCUCUGCCUCAGAAAUGAAAAAUGAAUCAAUAAAUGAAUGGAAAAGAAACA